AUGCACGACCGUCUAGUUCAUCUGGAGCGUCUUGUUAUGUCUGUGAUGCCCGAUUCGGCUGCAACCAAUACCGACUCUGGUGUGCAGCGAUCGGUGCCAACCACGACGGGCAAAACGACGGGCGAUACCCCGAUAGAUGAGCAGUCCGAAUGUGGAAGCAUGCGAAUCAGUGCUUCGGAGCUCCAGUAUGUCGGAGGUGACCACUGGGUUGCCAUCUUGGGCGGCAUAGCCGAUCUGAAAGAGCAUAUCGAACGGGAGGAACAAUUGCGACUGGCUGACAGUCCAGGCCGGACCGAGGACAGUGUCAGAGACUCAAGUCUACCGAGCCGGGAUGGCGCAUUCCUGUUGUAUGGGCGUUACCGUCCAGAAUCUCGAGAUGCAAUUCUCGCGGCGCUGCCUCCCAGAUACGCCGUGGAUCGCUACAUCUCGCGCUACUUCAACUACCUGGAUCUCGUCUCAUCCGCCACUGUCCAUGGGCCCGUUUUCCUGCGCGAGGCAAGCCUUAAACUUCCCAUGGAAGGUCCCAGUGCUGAUGAUCUGUAG